CGUGACCGUUUGUUCCCCCACUAGUUGUAGGCCGGACGUAGUUAGGUGGGGACCAGAUGCUGCCAUGGCGGCCGUCAUUGAGACGAUGGAAGUGGAGUCGGAACCUGCGCUGAAGCCGACACCCGAGCUGGGGGCUGCCGCCAAGUUUGCCGGCUUGCAGACAACGGCGGUGAAAGUGCACUUUGACGCCGCGAAGCGACUGGUGUGCGCCGAGUACCCGGGGGUGGUCCGCGACCCGCUGAAGAUGCUGGAGACGCUGGGCGGAGAGGAGGGGGUUUCCCGGAUUUACGCUGAUCCAAGCAGGAGACUUGAACUGCACUUCCGUCCAAAGGAUCCUUACUGCCACCCUGUGUGUGGUAACCGGUUCCCCUCAACCAGCAUGCUACUCCGGGUCAAGAGGAAAAAGAAGAAAAUCAGAGCAGAGGCACCUCCAAAGGAAGGAGAAUGUGAAGAAGAGAUUAAAUAUGAAAUGGAAAUUCUUGGUGUUAUCGGGACCACUUACAAAUUUCAGGGUAUGUCUGAUUUCCAGUUUCUUGCCUUGCACAAUACAUCAGCAGGCUCACAUAUGUCCAUGUACGACAAAGUUAUUCUCCGCAAGCCGGAACACAAGGAGUUCUUUGAUCAGGAGCUGCCGCUGUAUAUCCCUCCUCCAAUAUUUUCCCGUGUGGAUAACCCUGUGGAUUACUUCUAUCGCCCAGAGGUCCAGCACAGGGAAGGAUAUCAGCCUCCAAAAUUGUCCAACGAGAAUCUGAUUGGUCUGGGACGAGCACGCCGUCCCCACAACGCCAUAUUUGUAAACUUUGACGAUGCCGAGGUCCCAUCCCAGCCACUUGAAGCUGCCGUUCAGAACUGGAGCAAAUUUAACACUCAGGCAGCAGACCGGAAAGUUGAAGAAGAACUGAAAGGGAUCUUUGCAAUCCGGCCCAUUUGGUCCAGAAAUGCAGUUAAGUCAAAUAUUAAUGUGCAUCCAGAGAAGCUGAAGCUGCUGCUGCCUUUUGUAGCCUACUACAUGCUUACAGGUCCCUGGCGAAGUCUCUGGGUGAGGUUCGGAUAUGACCCAAGGAAAGAUUCCAAGGCAAAGAUUUAUCAGGUGUUGGAUUUCAGACUUCGUUGCAGCACCAAACAUGGUUAUAUGCCCUCUGACAUGCCAGUGAAGGCAAAGCGCAGCACAUUUAACUACAGCCUGCCCAUUACCAUCAGCAAGCCAGUCCCCCAGGUUGUGCGUAUUCAGGAUCUAACUAAAGCUCCAAAGAUUCUCGGCUACCCACAUAGGAGAAUGCUCACCCUGUCUGGAUACAAACUCAAAGAGUCGGUGUACAUCUUCCGAGAGGACACUUUGCCACCCUAUCGCCAGAUGUUUUAUCAGCUGUGUGACUUGGAUGUAGACAGUUUAAAAAAUAUCAUCCAUCGCAAUAAUGGCAACGAGACCACAUGUGAUGAGAGGGAUGGCUGGUGUUUGCCAAAAACCAGUGAUGACCUCCGGGAUCGGAUGUCCAACAUGAUUAAAGAGGUCUGUCGCAAAAAUCGAGCAGCUUCGACUUGUCUGAGAAAGAAACCAUCAGUCACUCAGGAGAGAGAAGAGCAUGAAUCUGCAGAGGAGGAGGAGGAAGAUGAGGAAGAAGAAUACGCACCGUCGGAGGGAAGCGAAAAUGAAAUGGAGACCGAGAUUCUCGAUUACAUUUGACUAUAUCGGAUGUGAGCUGGACUUGGUUACAUGAGGCGAGAGACAAACACAGAUUGUUGCAUUGAAAGCACACUGACAUGAGAUGGUCACUAUGCAGGGAGUGUCUGUAAUAAUAUGCAGCACAGCCUCGUGCUCAUGUAGCUGGCUGCAUUGGACCAGCAUCUCUGACAGAAACUGCUGUUGCAGUUGGGAAUUGGCAAUUGAUCAGUUGCUUCUGGUUUUGUUUAUUGGAAUGUGACCAAACCGCGCAUACGGUGAUCACUGACGAAGCGUUAUGGAACCGGACUGCUGGUGUACAGCAUCUUCUGUCUCUCUGUUAUAUGAACAGGGAGGCUAUUGGAUUGUGUGGAGGCUCAGUAACUCAUUUACUUAUCAGUGAGUCAUGGGUUGUUAGUUGAGGUUCAUCGCCAUGUCGAUGUGAAAAUGCGUGGUUGAGUGGUGGGCUGCAGGCUGGUGUUCUCUGUGACUCCUUACCUUCCAUGCCUUCUCCUGCACUGAGUAUCCAUUCCCAAUUAGGCCUUUAAUAGGAGGCUCAUCCACCAAGACCAGCUUCCUGUUGCUGGCCACGUUGUAGGCACCAGAACCACUUCCAGACAUUCUCAUUACAGGUGCCAACGUUCAAUUGCAAGACUUUUAUUGUUAGGUAGUUUAGUGUUUUUUUAAUUUGUAAACCAAUGAAAGGGUAGUUGUGCUUCCAGUUCUCCAAGGUGGUGAUCUUCCAUUUGGGGUGAAAUGAAAUCCAGAAAGGACAGAGAAUUCCUUCAACAGUGGGUCCACCAUCAGACUAUGGCAGAGGUGAGGGAAAGCAUGGUGUUCACCGUUGUGUGUGAAUUCAAUUAAAUUGAAUACAUUUUAUUACCCGA